GCGGCGGCGGCGGCCCGGGAGAACCGCCAUCUUAUGAGGAGCACCGGCGGCCGCUGCCGGUUAGCGGCGGGGCGGGGCGGGGGCUCCCAGCCCUUUCCGUUCCCCUUGGCGCUUUCUCCUCCUUUUACUCCUUCCUCUCUCUCCCGCUUCCCUCUCUUUCAGAUCCGCCCCCCUCCCUCUGCUGUUGUUAUUCCUCCCCUCGUUUCCUCCCCUCCCUCCCCGCCGACACUGCGGAGCCGGAGACGCGCCCCGAGCGGACCGAACCGCGGCCUUUUCUCCGCUGCCCCAGCCUCUCGCCGCAGAGUCGCAUGUCAUCUAUCCAGAACCUCCAAUCCUUCGACCCCUUUGCUGAUGCAACAAAGGGUGACGACUUACUCCCGGCGGGGACUGAGGAUUACAUUCAUAUAAGGAUCCAGCAACGAAACGGAAGGAAGACACUAACAACUGUUCAGGGAAUCGCAGAUGAUUAUGACAAGAAGAAACUUGUGAAAGCAUUCAAAAAGAAAUUUGCUUGUAAUGGUACUGUGAUUGAACAUCCUGAAUACGGCGAAGUUAUCCAGCUUCAAGGUGACCAGAGGAAGAACAUUUGCCAAUUCCUCUUAGAGAUUGGCAUUGUCAAGGAAGAACAACUGAAAGUUCAUGGUUUCUAAAAUACCUGUACUCUCAUGAAGAACCCAUCAGUAUUUGGUCUUACCCAGCCUGGCUCUUCUGUGAAAAAUGAAUCUUUGCAGUGAAUGGACUUCCCCGUUACCUGAACAUUUAAAAUUUCAUUCAGAUUUGCAUGACUGUGUUAAACGUGUGGUGUGUAGACUAGAAACACAUAAGAAAACUUCAGUAAGGUGGUAAUGAAGACACUUGUGAACUUAAACGCAUUUCCAAUGGAAAUGGUUUAUCAAUGAUUGUUCAGCUUACUACUCUCCACCUAACUUAAAUGUGUGGAUUGUAUUAAAAUAGUGUGUGUUGUUGCUUAGAAAUAAAAGUUUAUUCAUUUAUUUUCGGGGAUAUCUGAAAUGCUUUAGCUAAAGUUUUAAACCAGCACCACAGCCUUACUAAUGAACGGCUAAAAUGUUUUGUGGCAAGUGUAGCUCACUGCUCAUUCAAUAAGUCGGAAAAUCUACAUGAUGGAGUAAUAGCUAAUUAAUCAGUAGAUUAGCUUGAUGUGAUCUUAUCCUGUAGCUGUAAGACUAGAGCUUUGAAGUCUUCUGUGUAGGUGUAUUUUAGUAGCAGCAUGAUAAGACUUAAAUUGUUUGCUGAGUAAGUAACUGGAUCUUCUCUAAAAUUUACUGCAGUGACUGUGAAAUAUUAGUGUUAAGCAUAGUAGGACUAAAAAAAGCUGAACUCUUUAAGGCUGCUAUUACUGAGGACAUGUGAAACAUCUAGGUCUUACACCGUACCCCCGACACAUAUGAAGGAAGCGCAUGGGAUUUUGUGUCUCUUCUGUCACUGGGUAGAAGGGGAAAGACAUUUAUUUGGCUUCUGCUGUGGCUCUGCAUUUAAUGUUGGCAAGCCAGAGUACUUUAAUUAGCCAGUAGUGUUAGCUGUGGAAGUAAGGAAGGGAACAGGCUCUACACUAAUCUUUUUUUUCCUGGUGUGAAAAGUUUUGCUGUGACUAAUAGUUAGUAUGGAGGGUUUUGUGAUGGGCUUUGGGUGUUCCUACAGAAAACUGAUUUAGCCUACUUUUCUAGCAUUCUCUGAUAUGAAGUUACAAUAAGUUUGUUUCACCAUGCUUUUCAUCUAGUUUUAGUUAGCUGUAGGCAUUUGGCAUCCUGCUUUAGGACAUGUCUCUUUACAGAAUGAAGUUACUUCAUUUGGUGAAACAUGCAGAUCUUCCUUGUGAGAUAGACAUGGAAAUUAUCUCUGAAGCAAUUGAAAACCUGUUGAGCUGAGAAACCAUUGGGGUAGUGGCAAAAGUUUAAAAAAAUUUUUGCAAUAUCAUGUAUUCUGUAGAAAGGAAGAAAGAGAUAUUUCUUUACUUCUAAGACCUAUUUAUAAAUCGUAUUCAGGAAAAAAGAACUGAUGACUGCCUACGUAAACAUCAAGAACAGGCAAAAUUAGAUUACUUACUACCACCUAUGCCUAUACGUUGUUUCCUGUUCAGAUUUGCCUUUCUGAACAGAAAUGCUCAAUUUUAACUCACUUGAACCUUUUUUUAAUUUUUUUUUUUUAAGAUUUCUGAAUUCACAUACAAAUCUUUGUGGCACUGACAACAAUUAAGGGAGCAUUAUAACGUGUUUGUAUGACAAUUUCUUUCUCCGUUCUAGACAAAUCCACCUGUAAGAAUCUAGUGUCCAGUAUCUCAACCUACAGAAGUUCUGCCUGGUGUUACAGGUCUUAACUGUUCUGGAAAAAAGGAUGUUCAGAAGAUUGUAUACUGUUAAGGUAUAAUGUGUUGAGGAGGAGGGAAAGACUGCUGCAAAACAUGAAAUACCAGCAUGCAGAAUGAAAAUCCAAAGAAUAAACCUUACGCUGUUCUUGCAUAUUAGCAAAAUAAAAUUGUUGUACUGCGAGUUUACCUAGUCCUGAUUCAUAGAUGCUAAAGUAAGUAAUCCUUUGAGAGUAGUUACCACUUAGUGAUUUUCAUUUUACUCAAUGCCAGAAAAACUGAUGUUCUCAUUUAAAGCAUGUCCUCCUUGUGCCCAAGAGGAAAAGCAAGCAGGAUCUUCUCGUAUUUCACUGGCAUUACUUCCAGUGGGUUUUUGAAUUGGAGAUUAACAAGUGAUUAGCAAGUCUCAUGUGUUCCUGAGUCAGUCUUUAUUUCAGAUAGCAUUCCAUAAACUUCUACUGCCUAAGCUUGAGUCAUUUCUCCAUAGUCAUUCUGCUUGGAAUAAAUGAGAAAAAUCUUUUUAUUUUUUAAAAUUUCCUCCUCAUUUAAAAGUCCUUUCUGAUAGGAGGAGCUUUGGGGUUGAUAGGUGGCUGGUUUUUACGCUCUAGUGGAGCUGCUUGUGUUUUGACCUUUGAAGGGCAAAAUUGAGAGGAAAUAAGAUGUAACAUGUCUAAAGUUUAGGUGAGAUUUGUGGCAAAAAAAAUAUCUAGAAGGAAAGCAGAAAUUUUUGUCCUUUAAGUGUUUUGAACUAGAAAAGUGUCUCAGCAAGAUUGUAGCUAGACUUAUUAGAAGCCUAAGCCUCUUUGUGUGGUCUUAGAGGAAAGGCUUCAGCAAUUCCAUGUUUUAUCAUUGUAUGCUGAAAUUUCUUUAUCAAAGCUCAGCCUACUUGGAAUAUGUAUCCAUGUUUCAAGAAUGCUGAAAAACACGAAAGACUUUGGGAAAGAACUGUUUAAAUUACUGCCAUUAAAACCUGCUUUCACAGUGAAGGCAGGUUUCAGUCUUUCCAUCUAUUCCAACAUAGGUUAAAAAAUGGUAAAGGAUGUGGCCUGCAAUUAUUGAGGCAUUAACAGGGAGCUAAUAAUAGAAAAAACUUUACAACCCAAUAGUAGGACUUGAGUCUGGGCAAGCUCAGACUGCAAGGAGUAAUGGCUUUUUUUUUUGGUUGUUGGAAUAUUGUGAAGCCUGCAUCUUUUAGAUCUCCAAAUCGAGACUGUCUUUUUAGCAAUACCUGCGCUUAACCACAAGCUGCAAUUGGAUGUAGGAGCUGCUGUUUCAAAUUCACAGCCUUGCUGUACAUAGUUAUAUUAGGCUAUUGAAGCUGAUGCUUUUAGCUGAUACACUGGAGUAAGGUGUUGCAUAAAUAAAUGAAGAGAAUUGUCUGUUCAGAGCCUACAUCUACCUAAUGCAGCUAUGAACAAUGAAACCAUUGCUUCCCAAAUGGUGGUAUUAGUUCUUACUUGUAGAAGAUGAGAUUUAUUAAUGUAAGUCAGUGAGCUGCCUGCUUCGUCUUGUGUGAAUUGUCAGACCCUUGACCCUCACCUGUGAUCUGCUAAAUCUGACCACGUGUUUCAGAGAUGAGUGUGAAAAGCACAACUAUGGGCAAAUGAGUAAUUUUCUCAAGUGAAGGAACCUUUGAAAAGAACAGUGCCUGGAUUGUGUAUGCUUGUAUUCAGUGGCUUUGCUUAAACCUUACUUCCUUCACUACAUUCUAGCACAGCCUAAGUAAAAAGCAUUUUGUUCUGAAUAACUCUUUUGGAGAGGGAGGAGGGAACACCACCAAAAACCCACAAACCAACAAACAAACCCCACAACAACACGCCUUAGGAAAUAAAUUAAUGUCAUAAGUCUGUUUUCAUUAACUAAGAUUCACCUCGACUGCCAGACGCCUAUAAAACUGUUAUUUCUGUUUAUGUAUCUUAAAUACCAAGUUGUCAAUGAAGUUUAAUUAUUAAGGCUCUAAGUACAUCUAAUGCUAUUAUAAAACUUAAAAUUGUGAGGAGUUGUUGAAGCUUAAGUUUUAAAUAUUUGAAAAAAAUAAUAAUUAAGCACAGCUAUGCAUUUUGUCCUAUCCUGCUUAUAAUGGUUAUGCAGUUGCCCUAAAGAUGCAUAUGAACAGAUGUACCUUGAGUUCCAGUCAGCAAUUAUCUUUUCUUUAAUCCUUCAGGAAGGCUCUAGUGUACAGGAUCUGUCUGUUACACCCUGGUUUAGAGUGGCUCUGUAGUUCCUCUUACUAUGUGUAUGUAUAAGAGUGGUAUUUAGCCAGUUAAAGAGUAUGGGAGGCCUUUUUAUAGAUCAUCUGGGGACACAGUAGGGGUUGCUGUCACUUCUGAUGUGUUCAAUGUUGAUUAGUGUAAUUGAGUGUUCUUCUAAUGAGUGUGCUACUGCCACGAGGGAAAUGGAAGUGGUCUUAGAGGGUCAUGUGUAUUUAAGUAUUAAGAAUUUGCCUUCCUGCUAUGGCUCUCCAUACAUCAGUUAGGAACAUGUUCCCUGUGUGAGGCAACAUGCAGGCUACUUUCUGGUUGCAAGAUCAAAAACCCUUGAGAUGAAUAAGGGAAAAAUGACAUAGCUGUUUAUGUUUGCUAUACAGAUGCUUCAUGCCUAUUGUUUUUGGUUUACAUUAAAACAAAAUCUCAAAA